AUGCCACAAGCGGCUCUUCGAGUGUCGGAUCACAUCAACGAAAUCCUCAAACACCCGGUUGCGAGAAUCGAAUCCCAGCGAUGGCUUUCCAGCCUUCGCUUCUUGACUUUCGAUGAUGCAAACGAGGACGAGCCCCACGGCAGCAACACGGAACUGGCCGCUCAAACUGGCAACCAGCACCAGGAUACGGCUGAACCCCGUGGGCAGUGUCUGCCGUGCGAGCAGAGACUGCCUCCGCCCCCCGGACACUCCUGUGCUCAACACAUGUUCCGAUUCGGGCUCAACGAUGGUUUGAGGAGGGAGAGAGAGCUCGAGCUGUACAAAUUUUCAGACCCGUGCGUGCACGUGCGAGAGAAUUGGUGCCAAGCGUGCGCUCGCAUCCCGCCGUUCCCAAACCAAGGCACAGUAACAAGGUUCCGGAUCCGGCGGGUGCACGCAGCCGGCUCCGUCGACCACCACUGGUGCACCCAUUUCGUCGCCGUCUCGUACUGCUGGUCCAGUGAAAGCGGCGACAACGGCUCGGGGCCGUACAAGGUCGUCGAGGAGGAUGGCAGCGUACGCGACAUCCGGGCGCAGAACAGCACCAUCGACCGCGUCGUGGCGUUCGCUCGCGAAAAUGGGUUUCGGAUGAUCUGGAUCGACCAGGAGUGUAUCAACCAAACCGACGCGAAGGAGAAGGAGCUCGCCAUCCACUCUAUGGAUCUCGUCUACCUAAAGGCUGAGCAGUCGAUUGGGCUGUUCCAGACCCGUUUGGAACAGAGACACCUCGAAUGUCUUUCGAUGCUUUGCGCUCACCUGAUGCCCAGCAAGCUCCGUAAUACGCGCCGCGGACCGCUGCCGGCGAUUGAGGACAGGCGCCGUGGUGCGAGACCCCCGAAGUUCGAUCUCAUCCGCGAGACCGUGUCCAUGAUCGUCAACGACAAAUGGAAUACACGGGCAUGGGUUCUUCAAGAGGCCUUCUCCUCGAGCGGCAACAUGGUCCUCCUCUUGCCCAGGGCGGAGGGGAUUGAUGUUAGGGGCUUGUCAUUGGUGUGUCACGAGGCAUCGCAAUCGGAACUUGCAGUACUGCUCGGCCUUAUGCAGGGGUGUAUAGCCCGGUUCGCGCAAUCGCUGCCUCUGGCAAUUUCAGGCCAGCUCAUGCUGGCGAAGAAGCGCCAACCGACACGAGCGCGAACAAGCACUUCCGAACGGAUACAAUACUUUCACCCCGAGACGUCCUCGUCCGGCGGUUCCGCUUAUAUCAACAAGCGGAGGGAACCGGAUCAAUGCAGCGCUUCGGUUGCUGUGGCAUACCUUCGGCUGCGAGACCUGGAGAGGGUGGCGGACAAACUGGCAAUCGUGGCAAACAUGUGCGGCUACAGGUUACGUUUGAACACAACACAUCUCGGCAAAACGCAGCCCAGCUUAGCAAUAUGCUGCUUUGUUCUCGCAAUUAUAAAUGGCGACUUUUCCCUAAUGGUUCCGCAAUUGUAUCGGGGGCCGGAAUGUUCGUCGAUCGAGUUCCCUGGCAUUCCCGCGGAUUUCUCCUGGGCGCAUUCCCUUACCAAGCGGAUACAGGAUGUGCAGGCUGGAAGUUAUAAUCCUUCGGGGAACUUGGCCGGUUCCACCGUUGCGCAGUGGGUCUCGCUAUCUGCGGACGGGCUCAGCGCAAUCGGAAACCUCUGGAGGGUCGACAGGUUUGUCGAGCUGAGACGGCUCCAAACCAAGCACGCCGAAUCGUGGCUACGGCUGCGCCGUGCCAACGGAAGAUCCCAGCCUCCCACACACACCGCCAAGCUCGCCACGACGCAUCUACUCUUUGAGAUUCUCGACACCCUGGUCUCCAAAGGCGAAAAACAACUGGCCAAUGCGGUCUUGAACUCGACUUCGAGCCCGUAUUGGCAAAGAGAAAAAGACCCCAGUAGCGUUGCAUGGGGAUCGGGCAUCAUCGAAUCGGUUGACGAGUUCCCGCCGGGCCUAUCAGUCGAAAACCGCAGAGGCAUGUUCUCUCUGGAACCGAGCCGGGAUGGCUGGUUCCACCAGUGCUGGAUUGUCGACAGGGCAAUGGAGAAAGGGGGCUUCUGGACCGGAACGCUCGAGGCGACAGGUCCUUCCCUCGAGGCCGACAAUGCAAGCCGAGGAGCCGACGGCGUCGUCGAGAUCGACGACACAAGCGGCGGCUCAGAGAUGGCCACCGAGACCACCGCGAACGUGAAUGAAGAUCCUUUCUCGCAUAGCCACCAGGAAACUGGACCAGGAACCCUGCCCGACUCGCAUUCUCAACGCAUGUUUAUGCUGAAUUUGAUGGCAAAACAGAUGGCUCACUUUUACGAGAUCCAGGAACCUGAGGAGACGACACGGUCCGUAGACUCUUAUGUCGCGGCCGACCCACUUAACAUAGCGAUUUAUGCCCAAAGCGUGAUCGAUAUAGCAGAGAACAAGACAAAGGAAAGAAAGCAGCGGGCCGUCUUUGACUUGGACGGGAGCCCUGACGGGAGCGUGCGGGUGCUGGUGCCCUUCCAGCCGGUCUUGGAGUCGAUCCCGAGGCCGGAGAUGCGGAGCAUGGCCGUGUCGUGGGUCGUGGAGGAGGUGGUAGCAGCAGUGGCUACCGCCGGAACGGGACAGCCUCAGCGGAAGUUCAGGGUUACGGGCAUGGUGCAGGGCAUGUGGCAGUUUACAUUGUCUUGUGGAGGCCGGUAUACACUGCUACUCGGCCCCAGCCGCGAAGAAAUCAUCAAACACAUUGUCGAGGCCGGCUUGGACAUCGGCCUGGCGGUUCUGCAGCAGCUCGUCGAACUGCUCGAAACCCAGAACCUCACCAUCCCCAGAAGCCAGGAGCUCCCGCACGAGGGCGCCAUGUGAGCUGCUGUCGUCUGCCGAGGGCGGCGCGGUCGGUGGGCAAUGUUCUUGAGGAGAAAUAAAAGCUCCGAUCAAUUAGGCAGAUAUAUAGCGAGGAAAUACUGCCUUCAAUCAGCCGUAGCCAAUAAGAAGCACCGAUAUCAGGAACAGAUCGCCAAGGACUCGGGAACGUAGGGCUGGGGGGCGGCGAACUCCACCUCCCGCGCCACCACACUUGCGCGCAUCUCGUAUCGGGAGAGCCACGCAUGUUGGGGCUAGCUAACGACAAUAUCC